AUGAAGAUGGGUAGAGGAAGAGAGGCGGCGGCGCCGGUGUCUGCAGGGGCGGGUGGCGUCGACGACGACUGGGGGAGAGGCAACAGGCACCGAUGCGGAAGAAGAGCGGCUGAACACCGAAGAGAAAGAAACGAGAAGGGCUUACAAGUUGAAAGGAUUGAGUUCAUGGCAGCUAAUCUCACAAUGCUUGAAGCCGUAUCAGAGGAGAAACCAUUUAGUGGAAACAAGAUCCAUGUGGCUUAUUUUGGCAUUAGAAAAGGAAAUCAUUACACGAGUCUUCCCAAUAUAUUGACCACACAUCAAAAUGGGAAGCCAGCAACUACUGGGAAGUUCCUUAGCGUUGCUGAAAAUGAUGUGGAAGAGGGGUUGAAGAUGGCUGGUGGUGUUGCUGCUAUUGAUCUGAACUUGUUUGAGAUCAUUGGUAAAGGAAGCCUUGAAGGCAUGUCUCCCUCUGGAAUCGCUUCCAAGCUUGAAAAUCCAUAUGCCGGCAUGACUCGUCGGCUUGACCGAAUGUUAUUUUUGCUUUCUAAUUACUCUCUCUUGACUUGUUCUUCCAACAAACUUGAUCAACACGGUAGGAUGGAGAGGUUUUAUGCUCUAUCUCGUAGUGGCAAGAAAAACUUCAAGCAAGUGAUUCUUGAUGAGGAAGAGGACCUCUUCAGGAAAGUUCAUGGGAUGCCUAUGUAUAUGGAAAUGGAUCCAACUUUCAAAACUACUUUUCAUGGGGCAAUGGUUGAUUUGUCAACCAUGAUGAUGAAGUAUGUACUUGAGACAUACAAAGGAUUUGAGGGAAUAUCAACACUUGUUGAUGUCGGUGGUGGCAUUGGCCAAAGCCUCAAAAUGGUCAUUUCCAAGUAUCCUUCAAAUCAGGGCAUUAACUUUGACUUGCCACAAGUGAUACAACAUGCAUUAUCCUGUCCAGAUGGAAGCGACGGGCAUAAGCAUGUAUCAAUUGCUGACAACCUCAUGCUUGUGCAACCUGGUGGGAAGGAAAGAACAGAGAAAGAAUUUGAAGCCCUUUGCAAAGAUAGUGGCUUUUCUAGCUACCGUAUUGCGGCUUGUGUUGCCUCCACUGCUUUGGGAGUCAUUGAGUUUUAUAAAUAA